GACCAAAGUUAUGGAACGACGGAGGAAAUGCAGGGAGGGGGUGGUGCGUUCGGGGUUUCAAGGCAUAUCAGAUGGAGAGAAAGGAGGAAGAGGAGGAGGAAAAGGCGGAGGAGGGUGAGACCAGAGGGAAGUAGGGAUAGCCGGAGGUAUAAAAUGCACGGGGCAGUUUGGUUUUAUACCUCGAGGUGCAUCGUGGGCAGAGUCGCAUUGGCGGGGGUAUCCCUUCACAGAUUCUCCUCGCUCGUACUGGACGCUUCCAUAUCGGGAGGUGGAUUUGGAUUUGGGUGUGUGCAGAAGUGGACUCAACCAGAGGAGCCUAAAAUUGAAGUUCAAUUUUAAAUUACUGGAUGCAUUUGGGGAUUACUAAAUCCAGAACCGGAGCAGCAGGAGGACGUUGGAGUUGUUUCUUGGCUCAUUUUUAGCCACUGUCUGACCAUUGCUUGCUUCUCUGCAAUCUUGCAUUGAACUUUUUGCUAUUUUUUUCCGACAUUGCCUCGGAACUGCAGUGAGCAGCAGCUGGCGAAACAAGCUGUGUUUUGUUCUGUUUUGGGUUCACGCCUUUCUCGCAUGUGAUUUGGUGAUUUAUUUCCAAUUGCGUCAUAUGGAUGAUAAAGCCACCACUGUUCAACGCAGUUGGACUUUCUCCCACCUGAAAGAAGAGAUCGGGAUCCCAAAGUCACGAGGACUAUGGGGGACACCCAACAAAGUGUGUGCUAUUCCUCAAAAACAUCCUUAGGUGAACCCGUCAUGUGAUUUAGAGCAAAGCGAUGACAGGCGGACUGAUAAUAGCUGUUUGCUUUAAGAGGGAAUCUGGAGGAAAGUGACUUGAAACAUCUCUUUUAUUGUCCCUAAUAAUAAAUGACCCCCGCCUUGCCUCCCGGAUCCACAGAGGGAGGUUUUCCAUAUAUGUCGGCAUCCACGUUGUUUCCACUUCAGCAUCACUGUUGACAUUACAAGCAGCUUGUUGGCCCGCUUCUCAUGGUGUCUCGAUACAAACCCAUGCAGUCUCCCACCUGUCAGGCUGAUUCCCGUCACUCCCUGGCUGAGCUCUGGUGAGAACACUUGUUUGCCGGGCGGCCCGGCCCACGCGAACCCGGGUCGUCUCUGCCUUUUUCAUCUAUAAAGCCCGUCCCGUGCAACCAUGGGGAUCCAAGGCAUGGAGCUGUUUGCCAUCGGUGUGGUUAUCAUUCUCUUCAUGGCUGUUCUCAAGCAGUUUGGCAUACUGGAACCCAUGUCCUCUUUUGAAGACAACAGUGACAGUGAUCUGGAGCUGUCGACGGUGCGUCACCAGCCGGAGGGCCUGGACCAGCUUCAGGCUCAGACCAAGUUCACCAGAAAGGAGCUUCAGUCGCUCUACAGAGGCUUCAAGAAUGAAUGUCCCAGUGGUCUGGUUGACGAGGAGACGUUCAAGUCCAUCUAUUCUCAGUUCUUUCCUCAAGGAGACGCCACCACGUACGCUCACUUCCUGUUCAACGCCUUUGAUAUCGACAGAAAUGGUUCGAUCCGCUUUGAGGACUUUGUCAUCGGGCUGUCGGUGCUGCUCAGAGGCUCCGUCACAGAAAAGCUCAACUGGGCCUUCAACCUAUACGACAUCAACAAAGAUGGCUACAUCACCAAAGAGGAGAUGCUGGCAAUAAUGAAGUCUAUCUACGACAUGAUGGGCAGGUACACUUACCCGUGUGUGCGAGACGAGGCCCCGUCUGAGCAUGUGGACAAAUUCUUCCAGAAAAUGGACAGAAACCGAGAUGGUGUUGUGACCAUCGAAGAAUUCAUCGAGACCUGCCAGAAGGAUGAGAACAUCAUGAACUCCAUGCAGCUAUUUGAGAAUGUAAUCUAAUACAUCAGGUUGCUUUGAGAAAGUAUUUUUUUUUUUCAUACAGACCACACUCACAACCACAGCACACCCAUCACCCGUACCUGAACCACCAAAUAGAUGACAUCUUGGCACUUCAUGUACUUUAAGUAGUGCAAAGACACAUGGGGGAUUUUUCUAUUUCUCACAACACUUCUUUUAGGUGCACUAUCCCGCAGCUACUUAAAAGGACCACAUUGGACACGAGAUGACCUUCCUGUUGAGAGCGCACAGCAGCACACUUUUUUUGUACAUUUUGUGUUCCUAAUAAAGCCACAAAAGGACUUUUGUCACCAAACUGGAGGAAGAGGUCCUCGUCAAAUGAAGGACACAAUAUUAGGCCUCAUAGUUCCCUUUUAUUUGGACAAACGUACUGCAUAAAGUCAGCACUGUUGAGCUCACAACGGGUGACGAAAUGGAAACUAAAAAGGGGGAACAAAGCAUGUUUGUGACAUGGAAUUAGCUUGCACUAAGAAUUCUAGUUUCUGCGCCUGGGGAAAAACAAAGCAGUGUCAAUAUCUGCACAGCUGAGUGGAAAUGUCUGUACAUAGUGUGUGUAAAGCUGUCUCGCUUUUGUAAACCAAAAAUGACAUUUAGUGACAGCACCUCAUAGAAUUAAAGCAGAUUGCUUUGUGUUGUUUUGUAUUGAAUUAAGGUUAUGUUUAAAUUAGUAAAACGACCACAGUCUAUCUGUGCAGUACUUGAAGAAUGAGGUAUGUAAAACUGGGGUUUAUAUGCUGAAUGAAGGUUUUAUUUAUGUUGGUUCUUCAGUAUCUUCUCGCAUGCUGACUCAAGUGCCACAGUGUAAUGUGCAGUACAAUCGGAUCUUUGUGACGUGGGUUAAUAAAGAUGCAGUCGAGUGCUGUGACCUCG